GCCGCCGCCGCCGCCGCCGCCGCCGCCUCGGGUCGUGGAGCCAGGAGCGACGUCACCGCCAUGGCAGGCAUCAAAGCUUUGAUUAGUUUGUCCUUUGGAGGAGCGAUCGGACUGAUGUUUUUGAUGCUUGGAUGUGCCCUUCCAAUAUACAACAAAUACUGGCCCCUCUUUGUUCUAUUUUUUUACAUCCUUUCACCUAUUCCAUACUGCAUAGCAAGAAGAUUAGUGGAUGAUACAGAUGCUAUGAGUAACGCUUGUAAGGAACUUGCCAUCUUUCUUACAACAGGCAUUGUUGUGUCAGCUUUUGGACUCCCUAUUGUAUUUGCCAGAGCGCAUCUGAUUGAGUGGGGAGCUUGUGCACUUGUUCUCACAGGAAACACAGUCAUCUUUGCAACUAUACUAGGCUUUUUCUUGGUCUUUGGAAGCAACGACGACUUCAGCUGGCAGCAGUGGUGAAAAGAAAUUACUGAACUAUUGUCAAAUGGACUUCCUGUCAUUCGUUGGCCAUUCACGCACACAGGAGACGGGGCAGUUAAUGCUGAAUGAUAUAGCAAGCCUGUUGGGGGUAUUUUAGGUGCUCCCUUCUCACUUUUAUUGUAAGCGUACUAUUUUCACAGAGACUUGCUGAAGGAUUAAAAGGAUUUUCUCUUUUGGAAAAGCCUGACUGAUUUCACACUUAUCUAUAGUAUGCUUUUUGUGGCGUCCUGCUGAAUUUAAAUAUUUAUGUGUUUUUCCUGUUUGGUUGAUUUUUUUGGAAUCAAUAUGCAAUGUUAAACACUUUUUUAAUGUAAUCAUUUACAUUGGUUAGGAAUUCAGAAUUCUGCCGGCUCUAUUACUGGGCAAGUACAUCUUUUCUCUUAAAAUUAUUUAGCCUCCAUUAUUACAAAAAAUUGUAAAAAUAAGUUUUCAAUCAGUCAGGAUGACAUCACUCCCAAUGUUAUGCAGACAUGCAGAUGGUUCAGAUGGUUGGCAUACGUUAUAGACUAUAUACUCAGUGCAAAUAUAGCUGCAUUUAUACCUCAGAGGGGCCAAGUGUUAAUGCCCAUGCCCUCCAUAAGGGUUGCUGGUUUUACUAAUGACAGGUGUUUUGUGAAUUGAAAAUUAUUUUAUGGAAUUGCUACAGAGGAGUACUUUUCUUCUCAAUUGUUAGAAGAAUUUAUGUUAAACUUUGAGGUAAGGGUGUAAAAACAGAUUUUUGAGAUAAGGUUUUUAUUUAUGUUUAUUAUCGUUAGAGUGAGUUGCAAUAUGGGAAGAAAUGACAUUGAAAUUCCAGUUUUUGAAUCCUGUUUCUAUUUGUAAGUGAAUUUUGUGAUCUCCUAUCAACCUUUCAUGUUUUACCCUGUUAAAAUGGACAUACAUGGAACCACUACUGAUGAGGGACAGUUGUAUGUUUGCAUCAUAUAUGCCAGAAAACCUUCCUCUGCUUCCUCCUCUU